AUGUACACCACAUACGGUAUCUACGCCGCGUACGGCAUCUACGCCACGUACACCACGUACGGUAUCUACGCCAUGUACACCACGUACGGUAUCUACGCCAUGUACACCACGUACGGUAUCUACGCCACGUACACCACGUACGGUAUCUACGCCACGUACACCACGUACGGUAUCUACGCCACGUACACCACGUACGGUAUCUACGCCACGUACACCACGUACGGUAUCUACGCCACGUACACCACGUACGGUAUCUACGCCACGUACACCACGUACGGUAUCUACGCCAUGUACACCACGUACGGGUAUCUACGCCACGUCACCACGUACGGUAUCUACGCCACGUCCACCACGUACGGUAUCUACGCCACGUACACCACGUACGGUAUCUACGCCACGUACACCACGUACGGUAUCUACGCCACGUACACCACGUACGGUGUCUACGCCACGUACACCACGUACGGUGUCUACGCCACGUACACCACGUACGGUGUCUACGCCGUGUACACCACGUACGGUGUCUACGCCGUGUACACCACGUACGGUGUCUACGCCGUGUACACCACGUACGGUGUCUACGCCGUGUACACCACGUACGGUGUCUACGCCGUGUACACCACGUACGGUGUCUACGCCGUGUACACCACGUACGGUGUCUACGCCGUGUACACCACGUACGGUGUCUACGCCGUGUACACCACGUACGGUGUCUACGCCGUGUACACCACGUACGGUGUCUACGCCGUGUACACCACGUACGGUGUCUACGCCGUGUACACAACGUACGGUGUCUACGCCGUGUACACCACGUACGGUGUCUACGCCACGUACGGUGUCUACGCCACGUAG